AUGUGUUUAGAUAUCUUAGACUCCGCUGAGGAUGCUGUGUCAUGGAUACCCGCCAGCACUGACUCUGAGGAGAAGAAGAGCAGGAAGAGGAAGUGUGAGGACACGGGAGACUACGGGAAGAGGAGAAGAACGCCCCUCAAUCCCAGUGCGGACACCAGCUACCCCUGGUACCAGGCACCCCUGCACUACCUCUCGUACCCAUUUCCUUUUCUUUUUAAUCGCUUUUUUCCAUCCAUCCCUGAGACCAUCCCUGAGACCAUCCCUGAGGCCAUCCCUGAGACCAUCCCUGAGGCCAUCCCUGAGGCCAUCCCUGAGACCAUCCCUGAGGCCACCGCUGAGACCUCCUUCAGUUACCGAUCUGACACCUUCUUCACAGAUGACAGCGGUGAUAUCUUAGACUCCGCUGAGGAUACUGUGUCAUGGAUACCCGCCAGCACUGACUCUGAGGAGAAGAAGAGCAGGAAGAGGAAAUGUGAGGACACGGGAGACUACGGGAAGAGGAGAAGAACGCCCCUCAAUCCCAGUGCGGACACCAGCUACCCCUGGUACCAGGCACCCCUGCACUACCUCUCGUACCCAUUUCCUUUUCUUUUUAAUCGCUUUUUUCCAUCCAUCCCUGAGACCAUCCCUGAGGCCACCAGUAGCGACUCUGACACCACCUUCCCAGAAGCCACUCUGUUUCACAACAGAGCUGACUUUGAGGCGAAAUAUGAGGAAGAGGGAAUGCUGGGUGAAGGAAGCUUCGGAGCAGUCUUUGCUGGCCACCGCAAAGACGACCAUCUGCCUGUGGCCAUAAAGCGUAUCCGCGACUUUCUUUACACAACAGUGGAUUUGAAUGGGGAAGUUACAGAUCUCCCUACAGAGGUGGCGCUGCUGCUGUACCUCAAUCCAGCAGGAGCAGGAACCAGUGCCGUGGUGGGCCUGCUGGACUGGUACAAUCUGGACAAUGAGCUGAUUCUCGUCCUAGAGAGACCCGUCCCCUGCAUGGAUCUCUAUGACUAUUUGGUGUCCAUACAGUCAUCAAUACAGGAGGACAUGGGCCGGAUCAUAACAAAACAACUGGUGGAAGGUCUCCAAGAGGUCCACUCCAGAGAAGUUUUCCACAGGGACAUCAAGAUGGAAAACAUCCUCAUCGAAACCGGUUCUGAUGUCCCACGUGUCUGGAUCAUUGACUUUGGCUCUGGCGAAUUUCUGACAGAGGAGAGGUACACUGAAAAUGAAGGUACCCAGUUAUACACUACUCCUGAGUAUAUCCGGCGUGGGUGGUCCACGCCUGAAGCUACCACUGUGUGGCAGCUCGGUGCGGUGCUGUUUGAGAUGCUGCAUGAUGGGGUGACCCCCUUCCAUACCACCCGUGACAUCAUCAAUGCAGUCCCUGACAUCCGUGACACUCUUUCCUACAAUUGCCAAGAUUUUAUAGCACGCUGUAUGGACAAGAGCCCAGAGGCCCGACCUACCCUGGAGACUCUUAAGCACCACCCCUGGCUCGUGUGAGCUGUGGUCCUGAGGGAUCCAGUCUGAUGUGAUACAGACUGGACCUCUCGGACCACGGAUGGAUCCCUGAAGACCACGGAAGGACCUCGUCCAGGGUUAACGCUGCUGUAGUCCCCAUAUGUGGCUCCCAUUGCACUCUCUCUUGAAGCAGUAGAAAUCAGACCGAGAGGCUGGUGGCGUCAAUCUCUAGUAGGGCUGUGACGGGGAGGAAAAUUUCUUGUGACAACAUGGGUGUUACUGAUUACACCAGAGAUUUUACAGGAAAAGAUGACGGUCAUCAUGUGUAGCCGCUUACUUUGAUCUUUACCUUCAGGUGGCUGAGUGACUAGCCUCUCCGGUAGAACUUUUGCUGCGGAGCCGCUGGGGUGUACCCGGCGCCGCUCCGCCGCGCACACCAGCUGUGACCGCUCCGUCCUCCUCUUAGCAUUGGGUAUAAAUCUGAAAUUUAAACCGUGUUUGCUUUCCUCUGCCAUCUCUCGGUCUUUCAACUCUCUCCCGUCCCGUGUGUGUGAAAUCUGACUCCUGCUACUCUGUAUGGAGCAGAUGCAUCGGUCGUCCGACUAUCUAUUGACAACCUGCCGCUGCAGGUGUGGGUGGCGGGUAUGUAAUGUAAUGUGCCCGACCACCGUGUAACACUGGUAACACGGACUACCGCGACAAGCCAUAGUGAUUAUAGGCCUACGUUCAUGCUUCAAACACCCAGCUGUCCGUGGAGAGGGGAUCUCUCUUUGAAUUGCCUUUUCCGAGGUUUCUUACCGAGUUUUUCCUCGUUUUCUUAGAGAGCUGGAGCUGGGUUGAGAGUGCACGGGAUAAUGUACAGCGAGCCGGUCAUUGUUGUCCCGCUAGCUGUACAUUAUCCCGCUUAUUACAUGGCUACUUACUUAAGAAAUCACUAAUUUGAGACAAAAAUGGUCCUCCACAGUCCGACAUCAGAACUGCGUCCAUAGCAAAGGUCUGCUAUGAAGAAAUAACAGACCGUAGCCGUGUAAUAAUGGGGUUUUAUUUUAUACAUGGGGCUACAAAUAAAAAUGACUUGAAGUGAAUUCAAAAUGUCUACAGGGUGGAGGUGCAGUGGUGAUCACUGUCACCUCACAGAAAGAAGGCUUGAUAAAUAAAUAAUGCCUCAUUCCUCAUAACAA